AUGACUGGCAUGGUUCAGACUGACCUAGCUCAUCCAUCUGCACCCAAGUACAAGGACGAGCCCGUUGACGAUCCUCAUCGGCAUCCAGGCCCGCAGCCGCCUCAUCUUCAGCAUCCCAGACCAACAGCGCUUGUCCAACCACAGAAACAACCAGGCUCACCACACCAGCCACCAACCACAUUACCCCCCGGUUCAUACGCACCUCACACGCUAGGUAACGGAGUCUUACAUCACCAGCAUCCCUACGGCCCGCCAUCUGAGCCACCGUAUUAUCCACCCCACCCUUCUUACACUACGGCUACUGCACCAAGCCAGUAUUCGUCUAGUGGACCACCUGAGAUGAUGGCUACAGCUACGCAAAUGCAGCGGCCAUACCCUCCGAUCUAUCACACCCCUCAGUCCAGCUCUCCUGCUUCGGUAGCUUCACAAACGCACGAACAGCACAAUCGCAGUCUUUAUACCCAGUCCCCUCAGAUGACAUCCCAGAUGUAUACCUAUCAGCCAUACUCGCCAAUAAACCCGGUGCAGCCACCACCCUACGGGCCGAAUACAUCUCCCCAAAAUCACAGUCUCACAUCCCAGUCGUUGAUGAUGCCCCAUUCAACGAGCAGUGCGCAGUUGCCACAUCAUCCUCCACAAGCUUCAAGCGGGAAUAUAUCGAGCAGCCCGAACACAUCCACGGCGCAACAGCCAACUCCUCCUCAGAGGACAAUGCUGAACCCACCGCACCCCACAACUACUGGUGCACCUAUAUCGGCUAGUACUGUUCACCAUCAAAGCUCCAACGUCGGGGCAAGUUCUAGCGCGGCACCAGGUCCAAUUCCCGCUACAACACCCCUGGUAGUACGACAGGAUAGCAAUGGCGUUCAGUGGAUUGCUUUUGAAUACUCCCGGGACCGUGUGAAAAUGGAGUAUACUAUCCGGUGCGACGUUGAAUCGGUUAAUGUGGAUAAUCUUAGCCAGGAGUUCAAGACCGAGAACUGUGUUUAUCCUCGAGCCUGCUGCAGCAAGGACCAAUACCGAGGCAAUCGGCUGGUAUACGAGACGGAGUGCAAUGCUGUCGGAUGGGCUUUGGCGGAGCUCAACCCUGCCUUAAGAGGCAAGCGGGGUCUAAUUCAACGGGCAGUCGAUAGUUGGAGGAACAGCAACCAAGACCCUCGACUUCGCAGCCGGCGCGUGCGAAGAAUGGCCAAGAUGAACAAGCGACAGGGGAUCCCCGUGCAACCACCGCAUAUGGCCCCUUCCACACCCGUUGCCCCCGGGGUUCCAAGUGCCAGCAGCAUGCCCGCUCCCGCUCCCCGCCCCAGUUUGGGUCCAUUGCCCAUGGGUCCCCCCCAGCUCCAUCACCACCACGCUCAGCCCGAAGGAAGUGCAGGCCAUGAAGAAGUUAGCGGUACCACUGACUUUACGAACGGUACCAGUCGCCCGCCGGCCCCGGAUGGACUUCCUCAGCCGGGCCCGUCACCAACGGACAUCCGCACGGCGCAGGUGUUCCACGGCUAUUCCUCCUAUCCGACUCCCGCGACUGCCUCCGGGGGACCACGUGGACCAUCGAUACCGCCCCUUCUUCGAGAUAGUGGGAUCGGGUCCAUAGGGCGCCACCCGACCAUUGCAACGUCCUCGAGCCGAAUCGAGGAAGUGGACGAUGACGACGAUGAGCACAAUCCGAGUAACGACGCGCUAUUCGGGACCCUUCCCGAGGGCAAACGCCGCAAGUUCAUCCUCGUGGACGAUAAUCAGCGCGGGUGUCGCGUCCGCGUCAAGGUGAUGUUGGACCAGGUCGAUAUGGACGAAAUUCCCGACUCCUACCGACUAUCCAACUCGGUGUACCCUCGGACUUACUUCCCUGUUCAAAUGAGAGACCCCCCUGGACGAGUCUUACCCGGCAACCGGUACAUUAAGGACCACGUAGGGAUCGAUGACGGCGAUGAUGAUGAUGAGAGCUCAACAGUUGGGAGGAUUAUGGUCCCGGCACCCCAGAUCGACGGGGAUGGUGAAAUUGCGGUUCCCAGACUGUCCCGGGGACGACGGAGGAGGGAAGUACUCCUGAACGAUCUGGGAUACCGAAUGAGCUGGAGCCAAAGUCGAGUAUUCGCGGGGCGGAUGUUGUUCCUGCAGCGAUCUCUUGACGCGUACCGGAACAAAAUGCGCAGUACGAUGCUGGCCGCGGGCCAGGAGCCGGUCUCCAUUCCCCGGCAUUUCGAGACUCGCGCGGGAAAGCGACGUUUCCUCGAGCGCAAGCGAAGAACGGCGGGUGCCCCGGUUCGGGGUGCCGGGCUGUCUGCCUCCCAGCGCAGUGCUGAAGAGGUCGAGGCGUAG